CUCUCCUGUACAGUCUGUAACCCAAGAAGCUCUGAACCGGUCGUGUUAUUAAGAGUUGUUUUUACCCGUUGUUUUAUAGCGAGCAAGAUACAAAAAAUCAGAACUUAUAACUGAGUGGUAUCUGAAAUAAUUAAUUUGGUUGUAUUUGCCCAGUCAUCAGAAUGGCUAGCCAACUGAAGUAUUUAUGUGGAUUUGGUAGUGAAUUUGUCUCUGAAGAUCCUCGUUGUCCUGGUUCUGUACCAAGUGGGCAGAACAACCCGCAGAAAUGUCCUUAUGGUCUGUAUGCAGAACAGCUGUCUGGAACGGCUUUCACAGCUCCACGUACGGAGAACAAGAGGUCUUGGCUGUAUCGAAUUCAUCCAUCAGUAAUUCAUCAUCCUUUCAUUCAUUUAAAGAGUAAUCAUAUUUCCCAUGACUGGAACCAGACCCUACCAAGUCCCAAUCAGAUACGAUGGUUGCCAUUUGAUAUACCAACUCCCAGUGAGGUUACUGACUUUGUGGAUGGUCUUCACACUGUAUGUGGAGCUGGGGACCCUCGUACUAGAUCAGGCAUAGCUAUUCAUGUUUUCUUGUGCAAUACUUCAAUGAAGGAUAAAUGCUUCUAUAAUGCAGAUGGAGACUUCUUAAUUGUCCCACAGCAGGGAGUUCUGGAUAUCACUACAGAGUUUGGCAAGAUGAGAGUGGAGCCCAAUGAAAUAUGUGUCAUACAGCAAGGGAUGCGAUUUUCUGUCAGUGUCAGCGGAUCAACACGUGGCUACAUCCUAGAAGUAUUUGCUGCCCAUUUUCAAUUGCCGUAUCUAGGACCAAUUGGAGCAAAUGGUCUUGCCAACCCCCGGGAUUUCUUAUGUCCUGUGGCAUGGUAUGAAGACAAAGAUGUGAAGGGCUAUCAGGUGGUAUCCAAGUUUCAGGGCCACUUGUUUCAAGCUGAGCAGAACCACAGCCCAUUUGAUGUUGUUGGUUGGCACGGCAGUUAUGUUCCAUACAAAUACAAUCUGGCCUUAUUCAUGGUCGUCAAUGCUGUGCAGUUUGAUCAUUGUGAUCCAUCCAUUUUCACGGUGCUGACAUGUCCAUCCAACAGGCCAGGAACAGCCAUUGCUGAUUUUGUAAUUUUCCCUCCGAGGUGGUCUGUGCAAGAGAACACCUUCCGCCCACCCUAUUAUCAUAGAAACUGCAUGUCUGAAUUCAUGGGUCUGAUAUUUGGAAAUUAUGAGGCAAAGAAAGAAGGAUUUCAGCCUGGUGGUGCUACACUGCACUCAGUGAUGACUCCUCAUGGGCCUGACACACAGUGUUUCGAAGAAGCUACCAAUGCAACUUUGUGUCCCACCAGGGUGGCUGAUGGCACACAGGCCUUUAUGUUUGAGAGCUCACUGAGUCUUGCUGUCACAAAGUGGGGUGAAGAAACAUGCCAAAAGCUGGACAAGAAUUACUAUAAGUGCUGGCAAGGUCUCAAGAAACACUUCAAUCCAAAAUGGCAACCUGAUGUGCUCUAAAGGUCCAUUCAACUUUCAAACACGAUAUAUUCUAAACCAUAGCACCCACUCCUUCCUGUAGGUGUUGCCUGAAACUCCUUCAUAUAUCCAGGUAUAUAAGUAGUUGGAAGAUACAGCACAGUGAUAUAAAACACAAGAGAUUGGUUGAAUGUGUGAAGUGACAUGUAAAGAAACUCAAUUGUCUGUCACUAAGCCUACAUAUUGUUCUAGAUUUGUCACCAGUAAUGAGACACAAAUGUAGCUUGUAGUAAUCUCUUCACCAGCCUGCAUUUUGGGGUUACACACAUUAUGGUAAUUUGAGUAUUUUGUGCAUCAUUUCACUUCACACAUAACUUAUUAACUAAUUCUGUGGGGCAUACUUUAGAAAUUGUUGGCUGGUCAGCUGCCUUAUAUUCAACCUCAGGUUCAUUACUCUGUUCACAAGUUGCAACCAGAUGUUAUCCUGAACUAACUGAAUUUGUUCCACUCCUGAUUUAAGAUGCAUUUUAGUGUUAUCCUCCCAUCUGUACUUCAUGAUGAUGAUGAUGAUGAUGAUGAUCAUCAUCGAUUCAACCUUUUGAUCCCUUCCAUUCCUCCAGAAGAUAGGUUGAACCUUCUAGCAAAGCUUUCGGUGACCAGUGGACCUUCUUUCAGGUGUAGUUCAUUAAGUGCUUUGGAGUAUGUUCUCAUUCUGUCCUUUCAUCUUGAAUCCAGUCUGUUAUUCUGAAUCUACCCUUCUCAAAAAUAUAUCUUCUCCUCUUUUAAGGUUUUGUAGCCUUUCUGAUUUUGCCAUGUGAACUAUAUGACCUGUAUUCCUCUCUCUCCACAGAUAAUACAUGUCCUGGUCACUUAAUUCCGUAUAUGAUCAUCUCCAUAGUAUUGGGUGAAGAGUGCAGAUUAUGAAGCUCUCUGUUAUGUUUGCCUAUUUCCCUACUACUACUACUUCCUCUUUUCAUUUAAAAUUAAGUUCUUUUUUUUUUUUUUUAGGAUAGGAGUUGUAAAGUUUCUGAACUGAAUGAUAGCAAGCAUUUCCUUAAUUUAAUGGGUCAUUCUUUGGGAACAUAAAUGUGACUUACUGUAAUUCCUAAAUAUUUUACCUACACCAUAUUUUUUAAGGUUUAUUAGCUAGCUUCAUAUUAUGAUUUUCUCCUGUAUUUCUGUUAUGAGAUGUAAAUAUAUACCUAAGUUUCCUGUGUUUAUUUUUACACCAACCCCUUUUUUAGUAUCUAAUGAAACUUCCUUUUCUUUAUGGUAGUUAUGUUUUAGCCAAAUAAAUAAUCAGCAGCAGCAUAAACCUGAAGUUGAUGUGAUGUAUUCAAUUUCAGUCCUCCCUGAUUUUCUUCAGUGUUCUUACUGGUGUAUUCUGAAUCACACUUAAUACAAUGGUAACAAAGAAUCUAUUUGAAACUACACUGAACAGGACCAAUUUGGACUCUUAGAGUCAUGCAUUCUUAACCUUGAAACUCAAUAGAGUAAGUAGUCAACUUCAAGCCUAGAUUGCUUUAACCCUAGAGAGAACUGCUGAUAGCAACUGAAUGGAAGGCUGGUUGGACCACAGAAAGUCUUGAUAAUGUGAAGAGAAAAUCCUACCACUCAUGGGAAUUGAACCCUGAUUCCUCAGUCAUCCAGUCCACAGCCUAGUCACCAUAUAAACUUGGCUCUCUCAGCUCAACAGCAUUAUACUUCUCACAGGCUCUAUUGAAGUCUAUACACAGAUGAUGCAGUAUAUCAUUAUGUCCCCAGGAUCUGUCAAAUCCAGAAUCAUAGUAGUGUAUCAGAAACUGCAUGGAUCCCCAAGUCAUAUGUAUGGAGUUAAUGGUGAGAAUAGAAUCCUGGUUGAAAUUUUGUAUUAGGUUGAUAAGAGUGAUAUUUAUCAGUAGCUACUAAGUUCUGCUCAUACUCAAGCACAAUACCGUAACAUUACAUUCCUUUACUGCUGUCCCAUUCCUCCUUAUUUCAGAUCGAAUUCAUAUAAAUUCAUUCCCAAUCGUCAGUUUGAAAAUAUUUUCUCUCUCCUUUUGUACUCUGUAUCUACUGCUUACUCAAUGCUACAGAACCUGUCCAAAGCCAAAAACCCCUUACAAGAUUUAGUAACAUGCUCAAGUGGUGGGACCAUACUUUUGGUUGUCCACAAAUUCAUAUUCAACAUAUUCACAGGUACAUUCCAUAUGAGGUCAUCUCCAUCUGCAACUUGAAGACUCAUCAUGCUGUGAUGACAAGGCCACUUAAAAUGGUAUCACACAUAAUAUAUGCAAUAAAUAAGGCUUUUAUGGAAUUAAAAACUGGUGAAUUCAAGUGGCCUUACUAGCCAACUGCAGCCACCAAACAUUUUGAUUAACAAAUCCUUAUAACACUGAUUGGUGUAGAGCCUAGAUAAUGAAUACCAAAACACAAUUUGAUACCAGCAUGACGAAACAGACACCUGUUUCAAACGUGUGAAAAUCCAUUAGUGAAACAUAAGGGAAUUGUAAAAUCUUUAAAUAAAUGUAAGUACGAGCAUUCACUUUGGUGGCACAGAACAUGAAGGAAAUAUAUAUUCAUCCUAUUCCAAAAAUUUGUCCUCUAUUUCUGAAUUGAGUACCCUUCACAGGAGCAAAUGCAGUGUCUUCCAAUGUUCAGCUUUCAAAUAUCUGCAAUUCAUGGUCUGAGUUGUUCGUCUUGGCACAGAACACAACUAUAUAAAAUGAUGGGAAAACAGUUUUCACAUAUAAUCUUUGGUGUAUGAGAAAUCUGGCAACAACAUAAAUAUGUAGGGCUUACGGUUAUGAUGAGUUCCACUUCUGGGAUAUAAUGCCGUGCAGUCCACUGAAAGAAAACCAACAUUUCAGAGGAAUGUGUUUCCUUCAUCUUCAGUAUCGAAGAACAAGGUUGCAAGAAACCAGUGUGAAAAUAGGAAGCAAGCAGAGGCUCUUGCUAGGCUUGUUCUGUGACCCUGAAGAUGAAGGCGACACACUCCUCUGAAACAUUGGCUGACUUUCUCAAUAGAUUACAUGGCAUCAGAAGAACUCAAAACAAUAAAUUUUUAAUCACGUAAUAAGCAAUUUCUAAACUGAUUCUCCUUUUUAUUCUGUUGUGAAUCUCGCUUUUGUUUUUUAUUUCUCCACAUACUUAAAUUCAUACACGUCUUAAAUUAUGUCUUGUUCCUCAUGAUUUCAUGUACUUUGAUCUGCAUUUGUUCUGGCUAAUAGUAAUGGAUGUAUACAGUUGUCUUCAAAAUUUAAUGUAAAUACAUAUGCAACACUAUUGAACAAUUAACACUAACUGUUUCACACUUCAGAGAAAUGCAAACAAUGAUAUUUAUAGAAUCAUAAAAGAUGCAAGCAUAAACCACAAAGAAUGCCCACCUGCCAGAUAAGAAAUGUGUAUAGGUACCAUUAAAAUAACAUGUUACAUAUAAAUACGAAAAUGUGGCUAGAAUUACUCCUGAAUUUGAUAGAUGGAAAAGGGAAUAUGUCCACAUCUCAGUCAGCAUGUAUGUUCCCUCUUUCAACUGAUACAGCUGCUUUAUUUAUUCUGAAGACUACUUAUUGUGGCAUGCUGCUUACAGAAUUUGCAAAGUAUCUAGUAAAAACUAACACAUUUAUUCAUGGUAUAUACCAACAUCAUCUUUAAAAUUAUACAUGAAAGUGGAAUAUUAGGUUCAUAAAGUCAUUUUCUAUUUAUUGACAUGUUUUCUGAUUUCUGCUCCUGGCCAGUCCUCCUAGCAGAAAACAUUACAGUAAAAGUACAAACAUGCUAAUUCAUAAUACUGAGCUGAAAUUGCAUACUGAGAUUUGAAAAUGUCAUUACUAUUAUAAAAGUUAUCUGCCAAGCCAUUUGACAUUCACUUUCCUCCACAGCGGAAAUAUGUUCAAAGAGGAUACAAACCCUUGGAAAUCAUUAACUUUUAGAGUUGAAGCUUACAAUAAAAACCAGUGUGUUACAGGUGA